UUGAGAUCGGAAGCCCAUUUGGCACUCUUAGGAACUUCAUUUCAUACCUUUUUGUCUCCAUCUCCUUCGAGAUUUUCAUUUUCUUCUGUUUGGUUUUAAAGAAGUUAUUGGAAUCUUUAAGCAUUUUACAGUUAUUCAGUUAAUGAUUAGUUUUCCGGUACUCAGUUUUGGAGGUUUACCCCUUGUCAAGAUUAUGCCUUCAGUUCUGCAUCGUUCUAUAGAGCGUUAAAUGUAACAUUUUGGGUGUUCUUGGAUGCCAGCGACCCUGGAAUCGUUUUCUGUAAGUUGUAGGAUCUCAGCUAAUGAAUUAUUAACGUUGAUUGUUAGAAUUGAGCUGGUUGAUGCAGAUCAAAUUUCAGAUUUAGAAAACUUUUGUACUUCUUGUUUCUGCUUUUACUUCUGAGUUCUGAAACGCUAAACUGCAAUCUAUCAGCCUCAGAUAUUUGCUUAUUGAACCUCCAAUGGCCGACGUCAUAUCUCGAGUCAGUGUAUCAAAGAUUACCAACUCCAAGUUGUACAAACAGAGAUCAGCAGGAUCUGGGUUUUCUAACAAGAAUUCUUUUGAUCAAGAUUCAGAGCUCGAACACACCCGCAGAUCUGCAAGAGCUUCAUCUCCUUCAGCCUACUGGUUGCAAAACAGAACCCCUCAGUCUAAUUACAGUAGCCUAUCAGGCUUAGUUCUUGAGAAAAACAAGAACAAGAAUGGCAAUGAAAACGAGUCUGUGGUGAAACUGGAAAAUUAUGGUGUAAGCAAGGCAGAAGAAACAACAGAGAAAAUCAAUGGUUGUCUGAAGGUUGCUGAGGAGAUCAGAGAAGAUGCUUCAAAGACUCUUGUGAACCUGCAUCAGCAGGGCGAGCAGAUUACAAGAACUCACCUAACUGCAGCAAGCAUUGACUAUGAUCUCAGUAGGGGUGAAAAACUCUUAGGAAGCCUUGGGGGACUCUUCAGUAAAUCAUGGAAGCCAAGGAUAACACGUGAAAUCAAAGGACCUGUUCUAACAAGAGCUGAAUCCUUCAUAAGAAGGGGUAAUCACCACGAACAGAAGCAAAAGAUGGUACUAACUCCUCGUAGAUCACAAUCGAAUCCUCGGCAACUUCCUUCUCAACCUUCAUCUGCAUUUGAAAGAGUUCAGGCGGAGAAAGAAAAACAAAAUUCUGCUGUUUCAGAACUGAGCAAUGUAUUGGUUGAGCUGAAAACAAUGGCAGUUGAUAUGGGCUCUGAAAUUGAUAGGCAGAAUAAGGCUCUUGGUUAUAUGAAAAAUGAUGUGGAUGAACUGAACGUAAGGAUAAAAGUGGCAAAUCUCCGGGCCAGGCACCUAUUGCGCAGAUGAAUUGCUGGAGUGAUGUCUGUAGUGGUCACUGUGAGCUAAAUUGUGCAAUGUUUAUGAUAGAUGGGCGAUGUGUAAUUAUAUUGAUUUGGAUGAGUAUUCUAGUCACCAACCUUAGAUUUAGGCGAAAUUAUUAUAUGCAGUCACCGGAUGCAGUCUGGAGCCUAAUUAGGACGCGUCACAUCAUUAACUUAUUGUGCAUCCUGUAUGGGGUGAUGUGGCGUGUCCUGAUUAGCCUUCGGACGAUCUGAUGACUGUAAGUAAUGAUUUCUCUAGAUUUAGAGGGUGUAUGAUUGAGCCACUGUGUUUGGUAUAAGUGUUUGAAAAAGAUAUUAUAGACACCAAUUGUGAGUAUUUUUUAUA